AUGGCUGAUAAUAAAGAACAAAUUGAUAGCGCCACUGGCGAUUCGGGAUUUCAAAAUCCAGAGCAUGAAAUUCAAUCAAACGAUUUCACGACCACGUUGCCUCCACCCGGUGCGGGGGACAUUUUCAAUGAAUCUAGAGCCAAUUUUGGGGACGAAUUUGGAAAUAAAAGGAAUGAAAAUAAGGAGGAAAGAUUAGAGGAAUUCGGCACGCCGAAAUCCGAUCGGGUUAAAAUCAACACUGUAGAAGUAAACAAUCAGUUGCUAAUUAAUUUAAUAGAAUCAAUCCAAGAGAUGAAAUCCCAGAUGCAGUGCAUGGCCAACGAAGCCGCGAAAAAUAACCAGGCGUAUCAUGAAUUAAAAACAGAGUUUUCAAGCAGAUUAACAGUGAUGGAAGCUAAAAUUGCUAGUGACGUACACAAAAUGUAUGAUCCAAUCAAACGCCAUGUUACGGGUCUCACUAGAAUCGUUCAAGAGAACGAGGCCAAAAGUGCCGUUGUAGAGGUAAACGUAGCUCAAAUCCAACUCGACGUGAGUGCGAUCAAAAAAAGGGUCGAAAAUUUGGAGUCGACGGACAAAUUACACAGUCCAAAUACAGAGAGUACCCGGAUCCAUCCACGGUUGACAGACAUUCCGGAAGAACAAGAAGAAGAUGAAGAGUCGGAUGACGAAGAGCAGGAGCAUCAACAAAAACAGACCUUCCGAAACGAGAUGACGUCAACCCACAAAAUAAAAAUUAAAGCUCCUACUUUUGACGGGUCAAGCAAUAAACGGCCGAUAAAAUUCAUAAAAGAAUUCAGGCAUUAUUGCGAGGUGACGAACCCGACGUUCACCGAAAUGAAGUAUUUGCUUAGCCAAUCACUUGAGAAAGCCGCCAAGGAAUGGUGGGAACUGGUCGAAGACCAAGUUAACAGUUUUGAAGACGUCGAAAAACGAUUUACAAAUCGAUUUUGGAGUCACGACGUACAGCGAAAAGUGCGUAAAGACCUGGAAUUCGGGAAAUAUCCUGAAAAGCCAGGCAAAUUAACAAAAGUCGAGUAUGCAACUCGGACGUUUGGAGCGGCUCGUGAUUUGAUUCCGCCACCGAGCGAUCCGGACAUUCUGAUCGAGUUCCUGGAAAAACUCGAUCAGAGCGGGCCGGUUAACACCGGGACGGACGAGCAGAAGACUCAAAGUCCGAAAAACCCGACUCACAAUAACGAUAAAAAUGAGCAGCGUCCAUUCAAAAUGCCUCCGCAAAACAACUGGAACAACAAUGGUUACCAGAACAAUAAUCGUGGAAAUUCAAACUGGCAACAGAACAACCGCCAGAAUUGGAAUCAAAGCAAUGGAGGCUACCAAAAUAAUCGAGGUUACCAUAACAAUAAUUGGAAUCAGCAACAAAACAGGAGCUACAAUCAGAGCUUCCAACAAAAUUAUAACUAG